AUUGCUGUCUUCGGGAACGUGGUAUACGGCGGCCUGCUGAACGAUCACCUCUGGCAUUUGGGAGUGCCCCUCUUUACAAGACUGGGUAACCAAGAGGCCUCCAACCCACCAGAAGCGAUGGCCCAGCCGUACACCCCCGCCCAGUACCCACCCCCCCCACAGAAUGGAAUCCCCGCCGAAUUUGCGGCGCCACACCCGCUUCCGACACAGGACUACACCGGGCAGAGCCGGGUUCCUGAGCACGCCAUGACCCUCUACACCCCCACACAGACGCACAGCGAGCCGGCCGGCACUGACAACAGCACGCCCGCCAUCACCGCCACCACGACCGCACCGACAGAUGAUGUGACGCAAACAGAGGGCUCUCAGCAGCUCCAGCUCCAGCACUCAGACUCUUCAGAGAAGCAGCAGCCCAAACGGUUACAUGUCUCCAACAUUCCCUUCCGCUUCCGGGACCCUGACCUAAGGCAAAUGUUUGGGCAAUUUGGAAAGAUUUUAGAUGUGGAGAUUAUCUUUAAUGAGCGAGGAUCCAAGGGCUUUGGGUUUGUAACUUUCGAAACAAGCACAGAUGCUGAUCGUGCACGGGAGAAACUAAACGGUACAAUCGUAGAGGGACGCAAAAUUGAGGUGAACAAUGCAACAGCACGAGUGAUGACAAACAAAAAAGUGGCCAACCCUUACACGAACGGCUGGAAGCUGAAUCCAGUGGUCGGAGCUGUCUAUGGUCCUGAACUGUAUGCUGUAACAGGGUUUCCCUACCCUGCCACAGGCGCUACGGUGGCCUAUAGGGGUGCCCACUUGCGAGGUCGGGGGCGGGCUGUGUACAACACAUUCCGCACAGCUCCGCCUCCACCACCCAUCCCAGCUUACGGAGCGGUGGUGUACCAAGAUGGCUUCUAUGGUGCAGAGAUCUAUGGUGGCUAUGCAGCAUACAGAUUUGCCCAGCCCGCCACCACCGCUGCUUACAGUGACAGCUAUGGCAGAGUCUAUGCAACAGCAGACCCCUACCACCACACGAUUGGCCCUGCUGCCACAUACAGUGUGGGGACUAUGGCUAGCCUAUACAGAGGAGGGUACAGUCGCUUCACUCCCUACUAA